GAGGCGCGAUGGAGAGCGGAUUUGAUAAGAGCUGAUAAGGAGCAGCGUAGCUUCGCAAGUACCUUUAAAAUCGUGCUGCAGGUGCCCACUCUCAGUACGAAAUUGACUUCCAUUGGGUAAUCAACGCAAAGCGGAUCCAGAAUGCAUUUCGGAGUCUUGGGCAGCGGUAUUAUCGGUCUUACGACCGCCCUGGAACUCCAGAAGGAGUUUCCCACGGCACGGGUUUCCGUGAUUGCGGAUCGCUUCAACGAGGACACCGUCAGCUAUGUGGCGGCUGGCAUUUUCCGGCCUGGAACCAGCUUCAUGGGCCCCACCCAGGAAAUUACGCAACAGUGGAUGACCGAUGCCUUCAACUACUGGGAUGAGCUGCGUCGCUCCAAGGAGGCUCCUCUGGCGGGCGUGUGCCAAUUAUCCGGCUAUAUAUACUCCCGCACGUCCCCCUCCAUCGUACGGAACCACUUUAUCGAGAAACUACUGCCCGUCUACCGAAGGGCCGCGGAGGAGGAACUGAAGCUUUGCCACGGCGGGUGGAAGUACGGAUCCUUCUUCACCACCUGCCUUACGGAGAGCCGGCUCUUCCUGCCCUACGCCACCAAAAAAUUCCUGGAGAACGGAGGAGAGGUUGUCCGUCAGCAUGUGAAUAGCUUUUUCGAUGUGCCGCAGAACUUUGACGUGCUUCUUAACUGCACCGGAAUGGGAGCCAAGGAGUUGUGCGGCGACCAGCACCUGGUUCCAAUCCGGGGUCAAGUGCUGAAGGUGCGUGCUCCCUGGGUAAAGACAGCUUUCUACGGGGAUUACGACACCUACGUGCUGCCCGGAUUCGAGACUGUCACCUUGGGAGGAUGUCGCCAGUUCGACAGCUACAACACCGAGUGGUGCAAAUACGAUAGCAUGGCCAUCCGAGAGCGGUGCUACGAUUUGCUGCCCAGUCUCCGGAAGGCGGAGAUCGUGCGGGAAUGUGUUGGUCUGCGUCCACACCGCUCCGUGGUGCGGGUGGAGCCAGAGCUGAUCACGAAUCCGGAAGGCAGGCGGCUGAAGGUUGUCCACAACUACGGCCACGGCGGCUACGGGGUGACCACGGCUCCUGGAACGGCGAAGUACGCUGUUCGAUUGGUACGCGAUCUGCUAGCGGGAAACAGUAAACUGUAGGUGGUAAAAUCGUUGUUAAUUGUCGAUCAUUAAACUCUUUAUACGCAGAA